GUGGAAGGAUCUGCAGUUAAACUAUAGUUUUAACUACACUAGCAAAACUACAGUUUUAAAACUGUACUUUAAAGACGCGAGUAACCGUUCUCACACUAUAGUUCCCCACUGCACUCUUGCCUCGACUUUUACACGUCAACAACUUCAUAAUUCACACAUUUUUUCUGCAGUUUUAAAGUGAAGUAUGCAGUACACUGUUCUGAGCAGAAUACACUUCAAAUUUUCAUGCCCGCCCUCUACAGUGCCAAAGUUUACUUACUAAUACAGUUCGAAAAGGUGUUACAAAUUAUCGUUGAGUGCUAUUUUACUGCAUUUCUACAGUUAACUUUGCGUUGUAGACUGAGGUGCAGUAUUAAAACACAAGCAUUUGUACUUGCGACGUUUGUCGACAAGUUCUUACCACGAGCAGGCGGGAGGUCGGGCAUCGGGGUGCGCGGUGUGUGAAUAACGCUUCCCUGGGAGUUCCCUCGGACCCAUCGACUGUCGCGCUUCCAGCGGCAGCGCAGGGAAACACCGUGGUGCUCUCAGCUGCUUCUCAUACGCAACAAGCCGGUAAGACUCGGUCGUACUCGAGCCAGCCUCGUCAGUUUCAGUCGCUAUGUUUUUACCAUGGACAAUUUAGAAAAUUGUAGGCGAAGGCGCAAGCGAGGCCCAUACAUUCAGUAUCACUUCAGAGACUCGGCUGUCCCCGUUCCGAAAUCGACGCUGAACGAACUUGAUCAUCCAGAACGAAAAAGAGCUAAGCCAGCUAAUCCACCUAAACCAGCAGUGCCGCGGAAGAAGGUGCUCCAGGAUAGUCAGGGCAUCAAUAAACAAAAACAUGACUUUUUAACCUCAACCUUCAGUGACGUCGACCCCACCAACUACUUGGAAACGCCAAUUGGUGCAGCUUCAUCUGAUCCUGCUGUUAGCAUUGACAACGGCAAUGGCAAUGUGCCUGCUUGUGAUUUUACUGACUGUGAUGCGGAUGUUCCCUGUGUUGACGGUUUUCUUGAUGAGGAUGAUGAUGAUAAUGAUGAAUCAGAACAAUUUCAAUGCAUGGACGAAGAGGAGCUAUUCGACCAAAUAUUUGACGAGCCUCCUGAUGACCCUGAUGAUAACCAACUUGAUGACGAUAGUAGUCAAGAUGAAUCCGAGGAUGAUGAAUGCGCCACUGCACCAGACCUACCUUCCAGUGUUAGAGAUAGAGUCAAACUACUACUUUUAUUGGCUACUAAGAAGAGACACAAUCUAACUUAUACUGCUGCAGAAUCAGUAAUGAAGUUGAGCGGCCUUCUUAACAAAGACAGGGAUGGAUUCUCACCUUCCAAGUUUCUGAUGAAAGAAGCUAUUGAUGCAUAUUCCUCUGAUAUGACUGUACACUAUGUGUGUCCAAAUUGUGGUGAUUACAUUGGUCGUAUAGAAUAUAAUGUCAAUAUUUGUGGUAACUGCCAACUUCAACUUGAUUAUAAUGAAUGCAAGAAAGGAAAGAGUUACUUCCUCUAUUUAUCUGUAAAGCAACAGAUUAAGGCACUCCUUGAAAGUGGGCUGUCAGCCCAUUUAAUUUCUCCUCAACAUCGGUCAAAACUGUGUGCUUCAAAUUAUGAGGAUGUAUAUGAUGGAAAAUUGUAUAAAAGACACGUCCCCAAAGGAGCUCUGUCCUUUAAUAUCUUUGUUGAUGGAUUACAGGUUGCAUCUACUAGCAAGCACUCUGCAUGGCCGGUCCUCCUCACUUUGAAUGAGCUACCUCUACAUUUGAGAAGGAAGUUUGUUUUGAUGGCUUCAGUAUGGCUGGGCAAAAAAAAACCUGACAUCAACCAGUACAUGAAGCCCUUUGUCGAAGAAUGUCUUGAAAUGUACCACUUUGGCAUAGAUUAUAUGGAGAAUGGUGUCAUCAAAAAUGUAAAGAUUGUAUGUCUCAUGUGUAUAAGUGACUCAGUUGCCCGGCCUUUACUCCGAAAUUCAAAGCAAUUCAAUGGACGUUAUGGUUGUGGACUUUGUUGCCAUCGGGGUUUCCGUUUGAGGUAUGGCAGAGGUAAAAUAACAUCUUACUCCCUGUGUAAUGGUGAAUUCCCUAUGAGGACCCAUGAAGAAACCAUGGAGUUAGCAAGAGAAGGAGACAGAACUGGAACUUUUCACAUGGGUAUCAGAGGAACAUCAAUUUUAUCAAGCAUCCCUUCCUUUGAUAUAAUACAUUGUUUGGAUCUGGAUAUAUUCCAUUGCCUUGUAAAUGUUGCUAAGCGUUUUACCAACCUGUGGAUUGGUAAAAGAAGAAUCAAUGAGCCCUACAAUGUUCGUACUAGACUUGCUGUCAUUGACCGUCGCCUCUUGGCAAUCACUACAAUAGAUGACAUUUCUCGUGCUCCUCGAUCGUUGACUGAAAGAUCUGACUUCAGAGGCCAUGAGUGGUUUCACUGGAUAGUGUUUUACAGUUUACCUGUAAUGAUGAACAUUUUGCCUCCUAGAUAUUUAAACCAUUGGGCUCUCUUAGUUCAUGGGGUGGUUUUAUUAAUGCAAAAUUCAGUAGCAAAAUCUGAGGUGACCUAUGCCAGUCGCUAUUUGAAACUUUUUAAUGAACAAAUUGAUUUGUUGUAUGGUCGAGUUCAUGUCACAUUCAGUGUUCACCUGUUGACUCAUUUAGAAAAUAGCACAGUCAAUUUUGCUCAGCCAUGGACACAUUCUGCGUUCAUUUACGAAAGUUUCUUAGGUGAGAUUAAGGCUUCAGUUAAAAGUGGCACUGGUGUAGCUCAACAAAUAACCAAGCAUAUGCAGCUGAGAAUAGCUUUGCAAAAGAUGAGAGCUGACCUAGAAUUUGCUAUGAGUGAUGAGGAAAAGGAAUAUCUUACCAGUGUGAUGUCUAGUAGUAAAACUCUUGCAAAUCCCCAUCUUGUUAUUGGACCAGUAUCAUUAUUAGGAGAACCUCGAAGAAUGACUUUGUCUGAAGAAUAUAGGCAUGCCCUUGUAAGAUCAGAUGUUGCAUUUGAUCGGAGUAAAGAAUAUCCUUCCUAUGAUAGAUGUAUAGUUAACAAUGAACUGUUUCAGUCUAGUAAUUAUAACAGAGUGAAAAGGCAGGUAAAUUGUGUUGUGCUUCUUGAAUCAAACAAGGUAUUUAGAAUCCAAUCUUUCAUUGUCAUAUCAAAUGUUUGUUAUGCUAUUGGCCAUUACUUUAAGGACCGAAGACAUGUCAAAGUUUCUGACAGAGCUUUGCCACACUAUCGAGUGCUAGGGGAAAAUGAGAAUAUGUUACGAUGCAUCCCUACCACUCAGUUCAGCAUGAAACUGAUUUCAUUUACUGUGAAGUUAUCAGAUGAAGAAAAGCUUACCUUAGGAUGUGUUAAUGUUUUAAAGAUGGAAAUGUUAAAUUAAUUGAGACUUCUUCACUUUUAAUCUUUUUUGUAUAGAUACAAUUAUUUUAUUAUUCUUUGUAGUCUUUCCAGCAACUUAUCUUCUGAAUUGAAACAGAAUUGUAAAACUAAGAUUGCAAUGUAAUUUUAACAAAUUUCAAUGUUGAGAUUAAUAUUAUGGAUUUGAUUUUUUAAAAUGCAUCUGCUUUUUAAAACUGUCUAAUAUGGAGUAUUUCAGACUAUCAAAAAAUAACUCAUGUGCCACGCAUUUCAAUGUAUUAUAGUUAGAGGGACAAGCAGAAUGCAACACAUUUUAAAAGCACCAAUAAUUCUUAUAUUGUGUAUUCCUGAUUAGUAUUUAAAAGAAAUAUUUGUUUUCAAAUGUUGACUGAAUUCACGUUACUUGAAUCUACCUUCUUUAUAAUUGUGAUACAGGUUGCCAUUAAACCGAAAAAAAAAAAUCAUAUCAAUGUUAAAAUCAAAUCACCUCAAAUACUCUCCU